AUGGUCCGAGAGCUCAGCACGAGCCCCGACACUGGAUUGACUGUCUCUGAGGCGUCUCAGAGAUUGGUUGAGUAUGGUGCCAACGAUCUCGGCGAGGAGGAGGGUGUCAAGCCCAUCAAGAUCUUCAUCGCCCAGAUCUGCAACUGUAUGACUUUGGUGUUGAUUCUUGCUUUGGCCGCCAGUUUUGGUAUCCAAGCUUGGAUUGCAGGCGGUGCUCUUGCCUUUAUCAUCUUUCUCAACCUCAUCAUUGGUUUCUUCCAGGAUCUCCAAGCCGCUCGAACCGUACACUCUCUCAAGUCGUUGAGUCAACCCACAACAAACGUUUUUCGAGAUGGAAAGACAAUGACGAUCCAAACGAGCGAAGUCGUGCCGGGGGACGUCAUCGAUCUCAAGAUGGGCGACUCUGUACCUGCUGAUAUACGGCUACUCGAAGUUGCCAACUUCGAGUCAAACGAGGCUUUGCUCACAGGGGAGUCGUUACCCGUUCGGAAAAGCCCUGCGAUGCAAUUCGAUGAUGAUACAGGACCUGGCGACCGCCUCAAUGUCUGCUACAGCUCCACUAUCGUCACAAAAGGUCGCGGAAGGGGUGUUGUCUUUGCAACUGGAGCUUAUACUGAGAUUGGAGCUAUCGCAGACGCUCUAAAGGAUACCGGACGGAAGAAGCGACAAGUCAAAAGGGACGAGAAUGGAAAGGGAUCAUUUGGUGCUCAUGUCACUAAAUGGUUUCUAACAGCUGCUGACAUCGUUGGCGAGUUCCUGGGUGUCAACGUGGGAACUCCAUUACAACGAAAACUUUCGCAGUUGUUUCUCUAUGUUUUUGCUUUUGCUAUCGUUUGUGCUAUCAUUGUCUUGGCAGCCAAUGGGUUUGAUGCUCGAAAGGAUGUUAUCAUCUAUGCCAUUGCGACAGCCGUGGGAACCCUCCCUGUUUCUCUAAUUCUUGUGUUAACCAUCACAAUUGCCGCUGGAACGAAGCAAAUGGUAGGUCGGAAGGUUGUCGUGAGAAACAUGCAGAGCCUGGAAGCUCUUGGUGGCGUUACCAACAUCUGUUCUGACAAGACUGGUACCCUCACUCAAGGAACGAUGGUCGUCAGAAUGGCCUGGCUUCCUGGACAUGGUACUUACUCCGUCGCCUCCACGAAUGAGCCUUACAAUCCCACGGUCGGCGACAUCGAUUAUACCCCCGUCCAGCCAACAGAGUUAUCUACACCUGGUGAAGAGUCAAAGUCACACAUGAUCAACCCCUUGGAAGAGCCCAAUGCCAAUGAAGCCUUCAAGCACUAUCUUGACAUUGCCUCGCUUGCGAACCUGGCCGUUGUUGAGAAAAGAAGCCAGGAUGGUGGCCCUGAAGAGUGGCUUGUACAAGGCGACCCAACCGAAAUUGCUAUACAGGUCUUUGUCUCCCGUUUCAACUGGAACCGAAUGUCAUUGUCUUCAGGCCCCAGCCCACGAUGGAAACAGCUUGUGGAAUUCCCAUUCGACUCGAACGUUAAGAAAAUGUCGGUCAUCUUCCAGGAUACAGUCGUCAAUGAGUCGCACAUAUUCACCAAAGGUGCAGUCGAGCGUGUUCUAAGCAGCUGUUCAUCUGUGGAAGUCUCUGGGGAUACGAAACCUCUUGAUGCAGCCGCCCAUGAAUCCAUUUUGCAAAACAUGGAAGCUUUCGCCCGUCUUGGUCUUCGAGUUCUCGCCCUUGCUAGUAGAUCUUUGGUUACUGGUCUACCAGAAGAUUUAUCAUCCGCGAUAAAUCGGUCCGACUUUGAGAAAGAUCUUGUCUUCCGCGGUCUCAUUGGCAUCUACGAUCCUCCUCGGCCUGAAACUCGGGAUAGUGUGCAAAUGUGUCAGAAAGCUGGUAUCAGCGUGCACAUGCUCACUGGUGAUCACCCAGAGACUGCCAGAGCCAUUGCUGCCGAUGUAUCCAUCAUCCCAUCUCAGGAGAGAAUGAAGAUGGUACGCGCUGACAUCGCAGGCACAAUGGUUAUGGCGGCUCACGACUUUGAUCAUCUCUCUGAAGCCGAACUUGAUGCUUUGCCCGAGUUGCCUCUUGUCGUAGCUCGCUGCUCGCCUACGACAAAGGUACGCAUGAUUGAGGCUUUACACCGCCGUGGUUGCUACGUUGCCAUGACAGGUGAUGGCGUCAACGAUAGUCCUAGCUUGAAGCAUGCAGACGUUGGUAUUGCGAUGGGCCUGAACGGAUCAGAUGUCGCCAAGGAGUCUUCUGAUAUCAUUCUGACAGAUGACAACUUUGCUUCCAUCUUGAACGCCAUCGAGGAAGGGCGUCGUAUUUUUGAUAAUAUUCAAAAGUUCAUCCUUCAUGUACUCGCUGCCAACUUUGCAUUUGUCAUCUUUCUUCUUGUUGGGCUGGCAUUCAAGGAUGAAAAUGGUGUUUCCAUCUUUGUCAUGACUCCCGUGGAGAUCAUCUGGAUGUUGUUAGUUGCUGGGGCUUUCACCGAGACGGGUCUUGGUUUUGAGCAAGCCAGUCCUGACAUCCUCCGUCGACCACCUCACAGUCUCAAAUACGGCGUCUUCACUCCCGAAUUCCUCGUUGAUAUUGUAGUUUACGGCAUCCUGAUGCUCAUCAGCAUUCUCGGCUCUUCUGCCAUCGUCCUCUACGGUUUCAACAGCCAAGGUCUCGGCCACGACUGUAAUACAAAGCACUCGGAAUCAUGCGAUGCAGUCUUUUCAGCGCGGUCAACGGUUUUCGCAACCAUGACAUGGGACUUUCUUCUCUUUGCAUGGCAACUUGUUGACUCCCGACGAUCGUUCUUUGCCGAGAUUUUCGAAAAGGAAGGCGGUUUCAACGCUUGGGGAAACAAGCUCUGGAAAAACCCAUUUCUGUUCUGGUCUGUCACUCUCAGCUUUGUUCUUAUUCCACCUACGCUGUAUAUCCCCGUCAUCAACCAUGUGGUCUUUAUGCACAACCCUAUCGACUGGGAGUGGGGUGUUAUCUUCGUUGCCGUUGGUGUAUUCUUUGCUGGAGCGGAGGCUUACAAAUGGGUGAAACGGGUCUACUUUCGUCGGAAUGUUGCGAAGGAGUUCAGAAAGGAGAUCACUGAUGUCGAGCUCUUUGUCUUUGGGAGAUAUAUGGAUGGCUCUGAGUCUGCUAGUGACUCGAGCCAGGAUGGUGGAAAGGCUUGUUGA